AUUUACUUAAAUAACUCUGUUCAAUGCUUAAAAGUCUAAUCAUAACUAUUGUGUGUAUUAUAAUACAUUUCAUAAUUUAUGAUUAUACAGUUGGUUUUGUCUUUAUAUCAACGUGUAAUAAUGAAUCUACUAUGAUCAAUGAAACUAUGAAUUGUACACAUUCACGUUGGUUGUCUGCACGGGGUUUACCAAAUGAAUCCCAGUUGGUCAAUUAUAGAAUAAGAAGAGUUCAAACUUUAAAAAAUUGUUUCCUUGAUUGUCAAUCUAAUCCUAAUUGUCAUGCCUAUUCAUUUCAACUUAAUUUAUCAACAAUAUGUAAACUAUACGAUAAACCUAUUGGUCGAUCUGUACCAAGAAGUAAUCUGACCUCAUAUCAAUUUGGAACAAGAGCAUGUUGCAAUAUCAGUAAUGACUACAUGGUGCUGGUAUUUUGUUCACCAUGCAGUUACUGUCAAAAUGUGAUAAACUGUAGUGCAACGAGAUGGGUUGGUCGUCCAGGAUUACCAGUAAAGAGUUUCAUCGCCAAUUAUACACUGGCGGUGGUCAAUACUACAAAAAGCUGCCUAGAUGAAUGUCAACUAAAUACACAAUGCUUUGCAUAUUCCCAUAGUUUGAAUGCGUCAACACAAUGCACUCUUUACAACAGGACAAUUAAAAGAGUUUCAGAUGAUCCGGAUAUCUUAUUGUCAUAUGCAUAUGCAACCAUGGAUUGCUGUUGUAGGUUUUCGCCGGGGGCGGGAGUUUCUUUAUUAAUAAUUUUUCGUAUGUUUUUUAAAUUCAUUUUUAUGCUUUAGUGAAUAAACCACUACUAAUGAUAGGAAUUAACAACAUGAUGUCAUAUACUACUGACUAGUUAUUUGAAAUAAGUAGUUUGUAACCAAUUAUGUCAACGAUAUCUAAGGGUUAACAUGAAGUAAUUUUUCG